AUGCCGGAGGUCAAACCUGCAGCCAAGCCGCGCGGCUCCCCGAGGCCGACGCCGACCGCCUCCCCACGGCCCUCCCCGCGGCCCAAAGCAGGUGCCAAGGCCCUGGCCAAGAGCGCUUCCUCGCCGGUCAUGUGUGAGGCAGCGAAGAAGGCAAGAGAAGCUAAAGAGACUCCAGGAGCCGAGGCGGAAGCGGCGCGAGAAGCGCAAGCGCAGGAAGCAGAGCCCGAGGCGCCGGCGGAGGCCAAGCGGGCGGCCAAGCAGCCAAAAGCCAAGGCCCGGCGCCGAGUUUCCAGCCAAGCCUCGUUGGAGAAGAUGGCCAAGGACAUGGAGAAGACCGUCAAAGCUGCGCAGGAGCGGAGCCUGCGGGAGUCCGAAGCCCACGGGCGCCAGGCGGAAGCCGCGUCUCUGCGCCAGGCUUUACAGGCCGGCAGCCUGCGCCUGAAGGGGUCCGAGGAGCCGCCGGCGCCCACAGCCCCGGAGCCCGCAGAGGUCGCGGAGGCCGCGGAGGCCCCGGAGGCCCCAGAGGCCCCAGAGGCUGAGGCCCCGGAGCCCGCGGCCCCGGCGCCGCCGCCGCCGGCGGCCCCAGCGCCGGCGCCGGCGCCGGCAGCGCCGCGGUCGCCGGAGGCGAGAUCGCCCAGGAGUCCGAGGAGCUAG